AUGCUCAACAGCAUCUUCUGCAUCUUGACGGCGCUCGCCGGAACCGCCUCCAACCCCUCGCUGCUCGUCAGCACUAGCUGCAACUUCUUGACUCUCGUGGGCGCCGACAGCUCGGCCUGCUCUGACACGGCCUUGGGGUUCGGCGCCACCUCUUACACAGCCUUGGCCCUCGGCGUCUUCUACUACGAGUGUGCGGCGCUCUGGUCCAGCAGGACCUCGGCGCUCAACAACUGCUCCUGCGGCUCGGCGCAGAAGAAGACCGCCGCCGCAACAGAGGGGAACCUCUCUGUUGCUCAGUACCAUGAGUGCCAGCAGGCAAAGCGCGACGCGCUCGCUGCAGAGGCCGCGUCGGGGACAACUCAGUCGGAGAUUGUCCUCGAAGGUUCCUCUGUAGUCAACGACGCCGUUGACUAUGGGAGUGACGACGUAGAGAUGGAAGAGGGCGAGGCCUCUUCCAACAAGCGCAAGGAGUCUAUCGACAGUGAUAGAGACGACUCGGACGCUUCGAGCUCGAAGCGUUCGCGCGGCGAGAGCGAAACUCCGCUCUCCGCUGCUGAGACUUUAAGCUCCCCGCGUGAGGUGGCGUCUUCAAGUUCUCCGCGCGCUGCUCAGGCAGCGCGCGAUCCGUGGAUGCCGUCUGCGUCAGAGAUCGCAGACCCUGUGGGCAACACCGUGCCUCCAAAUGAAAUUCCGCUGUACGUAUGCAGCGGGAUCCACGAUGAUGCUGUGGCGGAGGAGCAGCACUUUGAUCCGUUAACGAAUCAAAGGCGGGAUUACUAUAUCGGACUCUUUCACGACCUCCGAUACUUCUCCAGCAAGAAGACCUCUUCUCGCAGCAAAGUGCCUGAGUGGCAGGCACUUUGUCAAUGUUGGAAUGCUUUUGUUGAGAACUUCAACAAGAAGCCGGCUGCUUACCGUGAGCGGGUUAAGCAUGCCCGUGAGCGCUUCGAGACAUUCUCGACGCGCGGGAGGCUGGAGCAGCUCCACAGAUCCUCUGUGGACGCUGGUAUUCCAUGCGCUGUGCCCGAAGGCCAUCAGUGCACGUUGUGGCUUCCGGGUGCGGUGCGCUUGAGCGACCGCGACCUAAACGGGUACACGACGAUUCGUGUACCUGAGAGUCUCAAGGAUCUCCGUGCCAAGUUCUUGGCACGCGAGGAACGCGACGAUCGUGGGACCUCGGGCGCUGUAGGUGACCACAGCGCUCGCACUACCUUCGCGUCGGCAGUGCGUGGUGAGCUUCGUACGCCCUCACCAUUUCCGGAACGUCCUGCAGCAGGACGUCCCGUGGCUCCCAUGUGUCUUGGUGGGGCGGAAACCCUCUCCAACGAAUACGAUAACGAACCCGCUGCCGGUUCGUUUUCGGGAUACUAUGGUUCACAAUACGCUCAACAAUCCAGCUUGUUGAGCCGCGGGCGUCGCGGAUCGGAUGCGGCGGUGGUGGGAACACGCCCCGGGUAUGGUCAACCUGGGGUUGACCUUGGCCUGACGCUCGAGGAGCGGGUCGCUGCUGUGGAACAGCAUCAGAGCCGGGAGUUCGCCGCUCUGAUGCAGGAGGUGGCGAUCCUGAGGGCUCAAGUCGCUCAGGCCUCACAGACCGCGUCGGACAUCUCUGUCGACGUGGGAGGUCUCGUCGCACGCUUGGCCCAGCGCGUUUACGCGCUGGAGCAGAGGUUCGCUCCCGCUGGGGCUUCCGCUUCGGGCCAGCCGAGCUAG